AUGAUCCAUCUGCCAUCAGCCUGCUUGUCGAUUGUGCUCGCCCUGGCCCUUGCUGUUCAGGCACAAGAAGCUCAGGAACCAGCUGCGACCCCAGCGGACACCACCCCAGCCCCUCCAUCAACCACGCCCAUAGACCACACUACGACCGUCGAGCCACCCACCACCGUCCCUCCUACUACCACUGCCACUCCCAGUCCCAUCACAACGACAACCAAACCCCCAAUCAUUACCACUACUACUACUGCCCUUCCUGUCACUAAAACUACAACUACACCCCCUCCCGUUACUACAACCACUCCACCGGCCUCAAUAACUACAACCUCCAAAGAUGUUGUGCCUCCCGUCACUCGACCCACCACCAACCACAUCACCUCUAUUUCUUCGUCUGCUAUCCUACCAACCACCAGCGCUGGAUCCAACAAUGCCAACGGUGGUUCCUCCUCCUCGACCUCCUCUACGAACGUCCCUGCGAUCGUUGGAGGUGUGGUCGGUGUCCUGGCAUUGGCCGUCAUUGUUGCAACCUCGGUGAUCUGUUACAAACGCCGUAAGCGCAACAACCGCGAGUUGACUUUUGAUACCUUGGAGGGUAUGAGUGGCCCCGCCCUGUCGUCCCGCAAGCGUGCCAGUCUUAACUACCUGACCAGCUCUAGCCCCGUCAUCACCUCGGGCAAUGUCGGUCUUAACAGCGUUCCCUCGGCACAUGGUGGAUACGACGACAACUAUGACUAUGAAAUGCAGUCCAACGUCGGCUACCCUACCCCUCUGCAGCCACAUAAUAAUAGCGCUUACCACCAAUCGGCCUACAACAGCAACGCUGCCUACGACGGAUACGGAUCGCCUCACCAGGGUUACAGACCUAACCCUACCAUCUUCCAGGAGGAGGCCCCCUACGCAACCGCUAGCUCGAUGGGACGUGAUCGUACUGGCUUUGACCAAAACCUGCCCGAGGUCAUGUACAACCGUGGCGAGAUUGAUCAUGACCCCACUGCGGGAUUCUACCAGGAGGAGGAUAUCUACAACACGGCCGCAUGGAGUCAAGACCAGCAGCACCCUCAUGGAGGAUAUAUUGCUGAGCAAGGACAGUGGGACGUCGAUGCCAUGUUGCACCAAUACGACCACGAAAUUGAGAUGCCCCUCCCUCCCACCCAUCAACAAGUCUUGUCGACCCCAUCCUUGGAUUCGACAUUGAUCGGUUCUCCCGGACGGCCCAAGCACCAGAGUGCGACGGUCCAUAACCCCCAGGCGAUUGUCGAGUCUCCGAUCCUUCAAUCGGCCACCCUCCGCAGCGGAGAUAUCUUUGGACAGGAAGCAGCUGGCGCUGGCGCUUCUCUUGGCUCACCUAGAAUUUCAACCAAACAGGCAACUCAGGAAUUGGAAGCCGUCGGAGGAGGAGCAGGACGUCAAUCGGCCAGCAACAGCAGCAGCCCGCGGAUAAUCAAUGCUAGCCGUGAGAUGCGAAGCAUCGAGUUGGCAAGUCAGUCACCCACGUUUGGAGGACCUUCGACAGAGGCGAUUAACAGCUAUGCGACGGAUUACGAUCAAAGUCGACCAUCGAUUGAUCGCACUGCUGGUGGCGCGGGCUCUCCCUCAAACUUAAACGCAAACAAAAGCCUUCGCUCCUUUCGUCGUGAGGACUGGUCAUAA